AUGUCAAAACGUUCUUCGCAACAGGUGGUGGGAAUACACUAUGCUGUGGGGUCAAAGAUUGGAGAGGGAUCGUUUGGGAUUAUAUUUGAAGGGGAAAACAUCUUGAACGGGGGGUCUAAGAACCCGGUUGCGAUCAAAUUUGAGCCGCGAAGGUCAGAUAGUCCUCAGUUACGUGAUGAGUUUCGUGCUUAUCGAAUUUUGAACGAUGUUAAGGGGAUUCCUCAUGCUUAUUACUUCAGCCAGGAGGGUAUACACAAUAUAUUGAUUAUUGAUUUAUUGGGGCCAUCUUUGGAGGAUUUGUUUGAGUGGUGCAGCCGGAAGUUUUCUGUGAAGACUACGUCUAUGUUGGCGAAACAGAUGAUUGAGCGGGUGCGGUCGAUUCACGAGCACGACUUAAUCUAUCGGGAUAUCAAGCCGGACAAUUUUUUGAUUAGUGAGUUCCAGCGGGAGUUACCGGAUGGGAGCGUGGUGCGUUCAUGUGCGAGCAGCAGCAAUGGAGACCCUAAUUUGAUUUAUGUGGUGGACUUCGGGAUGGCGAAGCAGUUCCGGGACCCCAAUACGAAGCAGCACAUUCCAUAUAGAGAGCGCAAGUCGCUAAGCGGGACAGCGCGGUACAUGUCGAUAAACACGCAUUUUGGACGAGAACAAUCGAGACGAGACGACCUUGAGUCGUUGGGCCAUGUCUUCUUCUACUUCCUUCGUGGGUCGUUGCCCUGGCAAGGGUUGAAGGCCCCCAACAACAAGGCCAAGUACGAGAAAAUUGGACUCACCAAGCAGCGCUUGAAGCCAUCAGAACUAUUGAAGCCCGGUAUCCCAAAGCAGUUUGCAGAGUACUUGUCCUACUGUAGAUCGCUACGGUUUGACCAGGACCCGGACUAUGAUUACUUGAUUUCGCUUAUGACUCAAAUCAUGCAAGAAAACGGCUACGAAGACGACGGCCACUACGACUGGAUGGAUUUGAACAACGGCGAAGGCUGGAAUAUCAAGAUAAACAAGAGGGUCAACCUGCACGGAUACGGCAACCCGACUCCCAGAAACACAAAGCAUUCUGCGCAACAGCUCACUCCAUCACACCAGCAACAGCAGCAGCAACAGCACCAAAGCCAAUCGCAGCAGCAACAACAGCAGUACGCUCAGCAGCAGAACAGCAGACAUGAUUCACGGAAUUAUAGAUCAUUCUCUGAAAGCACUCCUAACAGGUCACAAAAUAAGAUAAUAAACUCAAGCGGAAGCAAGAGCAGAGUAAGACUGUCGCAAAAUAAUGGGUACAUGGGACCCAAUGUUCCCUUGAAACAAGGUCUAAACAUCCAAACUUAUGAUUCGAUGGGGAAACUCCACGGCUCACACAACCGUCGUAGUGGCGAAAUCGAUGAUGAUAAUGACUCUGUGGAAGAAGGUGGAUUCUUCUCCAAAUUAUGUUGCGGUAUCUGUUAA